AUGUCUUUCUUCAAGAAGAUCGCCAAGGAGUUCGAGAACCUUGGUAUUGGCGACAAGGACGAGAAGAAGCAAGAGGCUCAGCAGGGCUAUCCUCAGGGUCAGGAUAACAACCGAGCCUACGGUGACGGCGGCCAACAGUACGGCGCUCCUCCUCAGCAAUACAGCUCUCCUCCUCCUCAACAAUACGGAGCUCCUCCCCCUCAGCAGUACGGCGCUCCUCCCCAGCAGUACGGUUCACCUGCUCCUCAGCAGCAAUACGGUGCUCCUCCCCCUCAACCCGCUUAUCAGCCCCCGUCCGACCGCCCUCCUCUGCCCCAAGGUUGGACUGCUCAGUUCGAUCAGAACCAGCAGCGAUGGUACUAUGUUGAGACAGCCACUGGCCGCACUCAAUGGGAGGCUCCUGGUCAAGCACCUCCCCCUCCUCCCCCGGAUUCCCGUCCUCCGUAUGAGUCUCAACCCUCUGACGGAUCUCGUGGUUACCCUGGUGCUCCUGGUGGAUAUGGUUCUCCAGCUCCUGGAGGCUACGGUGGUGCUCCUGGCUAUGGCGGCUACGGAUCUCCUCCCCCUGGUCAGGGUGGCUACGGGUCUCCUGCUCCAGGUGGUUAUGGAUCUCCUGCUCCAGGCUAUGGUGCCCCCUCUCCUUAUGGCGCUCCUUCGCCUUAUGGCGCACCCUCUCCUUACGGAGCUCCCGGUCAAUACGGUACUCCCACUGAUGGCGAUCGCGGCAACAACCCCUACGGUCAAGGCGAGAAGAAGAAGAGCGGCAGCUCUGGAAUGCUCCUCGGUGCCGCAGGUGGUCUCGCCAUUGGUGCUGUUGGUGGUGCCUUGAUCGCAAACGAGCUCAACGAUAGUGACAGCGAUCACGAGCACUCCGCUGCUGCCCCAGCUGCUGCUCCCGCUCCCCAGGUUGUCAACAACUACUACGGAGCUCCUCCCGAGGACCCCUAUGCCGCCGACCCCUACGCGCAGGAAGGCCCUCCUGGUGUCCUUCCUGCUACCGACGCUGACGGCGACUCUGUCUCAUCCAGUGACCGGGAAGAUGUCCAAGAGGCCCGUGAAGAGUACGAAGAAGCUCUGGCUGAAGCUAAUGACUCUGAUGCCAGCAGUAGUGAUCACGAGAGACUUGAGGAGGCUCGGGAGGAGUACGAAGAGACCUACGAGGAGGUGUAUGAGGAUGACUAA